AUGGGCGCACCACACAGGCACGGGCUGGCUCCACCGGAGACCCUGUUUCUGGAUCACUACUCGGCGCAAAAGGUGGCGACGUGGGGCGGCCCUCGUAAUCGAAGGUCCUGCAGGGCCGCCGUGUUUGUGCAGCUCCAGCGUGCGCUAAUCGCGUGUAACGGCGUGAAUAAUGUGGAGAUUUGCAUCGAGCAUGGGCUGAACGCAACGAAGGGGGUGCGUCGCCUGACGAUAUGGGUGAUGGACGACAUUGAGUACCCGCGGCUUGGAACUGAACGUGCGCGCACGCUCAAGCUGCUCAACAGACCGAUAGUGGACCGGCUCCUGGUUACGAACCCGGCAAUCGCCCAUCCGAAGCUCUCCCCCUAUCCGAUCGGCAUCUACGACUACCGGCUUUGGCCGAAACAUCUUGACGGUCGCGAGGCACGCACCAACCAGCGCAGCACGCAGCUCCUGUGCUCCGGGAUGAGGAGCCACUAUGGGCGCAGUGAGAAGCUCGCGGCGCUGACGCGCAACGGCUUUCAGUGCCAGAACACGUCCAAGGACUCGCCUGACGUGUAUAUCGAGAAGCUGCUUGGCGCCAGGUUCGUCUUCUCGCCAAAAGGCCACGGCCAGCAAAGCCACCGCGACUGGGAGGUCCUGCUGGCAGGCGCGGUGCCGCUCAUCGACGAGCCGCCCGACACGCUCGCAGCUCUGUAUGCCGGGCUGCCGGUGGUGGCCGUGCGCGAUUGGUCGCUCGUCACACCGCAGUUUCUCGAGGAGCAGUGGGCUGAGAUCCGGCGGCGCGCGUCCCAGGGUGCCUUCGACAUGCGCAGAGCCUAUUUCUUUCCCUACUGGUCGGACGUGUUGCAAGGAACGCAACCUCUGCCAACCAAUAAACAGAGGUUGCAGGCCACCGCAACCUUUUCCAAGGGAAUAAACAGGACCGCUGCUCGCCGUCGGAUCAUCCACCACCAACUCAACAUCACGAUCAUGCCAGUAGCACACGCAGCAGCGGCACUCGAGACUGCCAGCUCAGGCCAAGCCUGUGCCAAGCCUCACGACUCUGAUCCGUGCAAGGCCAAACUUGGUGACAUGAGGGAUGUGAACCGGGUGGGGCAGCCGUCGCAGCCGGGAUGGCUGGAGCACUUCAGCUUGAAGUAUUUCAGCCGACUCAUCGCUGGUGUAUUUGAGGCAGGCGACGAAAAUGGGGAGGAGGGUACUGUCUGGAAAAAGGAGUCGUACCAGGUUAGGCCAAACUUGCAAGUUUGA